GCACUCUUAUGCAAUCACUAGUAUUAAACAAUCGGGAGAUUCCACACCCGUUGCCCUUUCUUGUCACGAGAAUCAACCUCAAAAAAGUCCUCUUUUUACGCCUUCAUCGCCCUUUUUCUGAGGCUGCUCUCGUUUCCCAUCGCUCCCUGUUUUCCUCUCUCACUCUCUCUCAUGGUAUCUUUACUUUCCCUUCUUCUCAGUGAACCCCGAAAUUUUAUCUCCUCCGUAGCCUUGUUUUUCACAGUCUCUUACUUCCAUUAAUUUCCCCUUUCCCUUGAUCUUAAUUUCUGAGUGAGGUCCAUUUUUCAGCUGAACCCAAAUCAGAGCACUUUUUUUUUUUUUCCUAUCUGCGUCUUCCAAAACCUGCUCCGGCCAAGUUUUGCAUUGGAAAAAUCCGUUCAGGGGAAAAGUGAUCAAUGCGGAUGAGGAAACUAGAUUAGGCCAACAACCCAGCUGAGGAAAUCAGCUGAAAUUGGUCACCGACACCGACGUGGUUGUUAGAAAGUAGUUAAAAGAUGAGAAGAGUAUGAGAGAGUACAAUAUGCAGAGGUUUCAGAGGUGUUUCUCCGACGGCUUGGGGAUUUAUUAUCACUUCAAACACAUGAUGUGGCGGCCAUCCAUGCAGUCACCUGCAAGAUCCUCUGGCAUCUUCCUCUGUUGCAUCCUCCUCCUUGUCGGCGCGUUUGUCUCCACGCGCCUGCUCGACACAAGUGGUUUAGCUGGCAAUUUACCGCCCCGACCGUCGAUACUAACUACAAGAACAUCCCACAUAUACCCUCACAGAAAUCCCCAAUUCCCGAAAACGCCCUCACACCGAAUUGAGAUCCCACUCAACUGUGCAGCCUACAACCUCACACGGACCUGCCCUUCCAACUACCCAACAACUUUCCAUCCAGAAGAAGAUCCUGACCGUCCACCACCCGCCACGUGUCCAGAAUACUUCCGUUGGAUCUAUGAAGAUCUUCGUCCCUGGGCCUACACAGGGAUCACGAGGGACAUGGUGGGGAGGGCCAAACGGACGGCCAACUUUAGAUUGGUGAUAGUGAAGGGCAGGGCUUACGUGGAGAAAUAUCAGAGGGCGUUUCAGACAAGAGAUGUUUUUACGUUGUGGGGAAUCCUACAGUUACUGCGGAGGUACCCGGGUCAAGUGCCUGACUUGGAGCUGAUGUUUGAUUGCGUUGAUUGGCCAGUCAUCAAGACAAGGGACUAUCGACAAUCCAACGCCUCGGACCCACCACCGCUGUUUCGGUACUGUAGUGAUGAUGACUCACUGGAUAUUGUUUUCCCUGAUUGGUCUUUCUGGGGAUGGGCUGAGAUCAAUAUAAAGCCAUGGGAAUCUUUGUUGAGAGACCUAAAAGAAGGAAACAAGAGGAUAAGAUGGAUGGAU